GGUGAAAACUUAACGAAGGCCGAGAAAGUUUGACAAUUGUGUCGCCGCGCUUGUUGCCGGAAUUACCGAGUGUUUGCAAGUGAUUGUGAUUUUCCUGGAAAACUAGGAAAAUUUUCCAUCCAAUCUCUCCCACUUGAUAAAGGUGGUGUGCCUGGGAAGAGAUUGAGUGUGCAGAAGGCUUUCCAGGAGUGCUGAGUGACACGCUAGAAGGCAGCAAAUUAUGGCUUCGUCCCCGAAAAAGGCCAAAACUGAGGAUGGCAAUAGUCGGCAAGAGAUGAAUGAGGAGGAAUCUGAGGCUCUGGAGCACAUAGAUGCAUGUCAGAAUGAGAUUGAUGCCCUGAAUGAGAAGGCCAGCGAGGAGAUACUCAAAGUGGAACAGAAAUACAACAAGCUGAGGAAGCCAUUGUUUGAGAAGAGAAACCAAAUCAUUAAACGCAUUCCAAGCUUUUGGGUCACAGCUAUUGUCAAUCAUCCGCAAAUAUCGUCAAUCCUGGAGGAGGAGGAAGAAGAAUGCCUCCAUUAUCUUGAGAAAUUGGUUGUGGAGGAGUUUGAUGACAUUAAAUCAGGCUAUCGCCUCAAGUUUUUCUUCGAGAAGAAUCCUUUCUUCGAGAAUGAACUCAUCACCAAGGAGUUCUGCCUUGGAUCAAGUGAUGGGCCAACAUCCACAAGUACCACAAUCACCUGGCGCGAGGGACGAGAUCUGCUGAAGGCUCUUCAGUUUAAGCCGGCUGGGAACAGGAGAAAGAGGAAUCUGGAGUUCAAAUCAUUCUUUGACUGGUUCACCGACAACUCAGAUCCCAUCAACGAUGAAAUUGCUGAGCUCAUCAAGGACGAUUUGUGGCCAAAUCCUCUUCAGUACUACCUGGUUCCUGACAUUGAGGUUGAACCGGAGGAAAAUGAUGAGAACAGCGAAGAGUAUGGGGAGGAAGAGAAUUUUGACGAGGACGAGGAGUCCACUGAACAGAAGUAGAGAGAGAGAUGACACAUCAAUUGGGGAGGGCGCGGCAGUAUUUCAGCAUUUUCUGUGUGUUUUUAGUGACAAAAGCAAAGUUGAAUUUUUAAAAGGGUUACAAAAAAAAACAUUUUUUUUGUUUUUGCAAAAAAAAAACCCAAAAAUCUAUCCAUUCUCUCUUCCUUCCAAAGUCCUUUUAUUUUUUUUUGCGUCACAAAAAGGAAAUGAAAUCAAAAAUAAAAGGAGAAUGGGAGGCAAUAUUCCUCUUGAAUCCAUUUCAGGUGAUUCUUCAAAAAAAAAAAAAAAAUAGAAUUGAUCAGUGGAACAAUAAAUAAAAUUCUCUGUGUCCAAGAAAAAA